AUGUCAACCGCGACAGCUUCCAACCUGACUGCCGCCACUCAGAGGCACGGCAAGGGCAGUGCCGCCAAAGGGAGCGUUGCUAUCGCCGCUCAGGCCAGAAAGGACGCUAGACAGUCUCAUCGUCAAGCUCUUUCGUACAAGCAAGAUGAGCUAAAGCAAUUCAAGGUACCCAACCUCACGAUCAAGGACCUCUUGUCUGCCAUACCGGCACACUGCUUCGAGCGCAGUGCUUGGAAGUCCAGCAUGUACGUGCUCGCCGAUUUCAUCCUUGUUGGCCUACUCGCGACUGCGGUCACCCUCGUAAAGCCUGCUGUGGCCCAGCUUGAUCUGGCUUCUUCUCCCCUCACUCCCUACAUUUCCGCUGAAAAGCAAGCCAGCGCUCUUACGUGGGCAGGAUGGAGCGCCUACUGGGUGCUGCAGGGCAUGGUCUUCACCGGUAUUUGGGUCAUCGCUCACGAGUGCGGUCACCAGAGCUACUCUGCCAGCAAGACGAUCAACAACACUGUCGGCUGGUUCCUACACAGCGCUUUGCUGGUCCCAUACCACUCUUGGCGCAUUUCUCACGCCCGACACCAUGCUGCCACUGGUCAUUUGACUCGUGAUGAAGUGUUCGUUCCCCGCACUCGUGCUCAGAAGGGUCUUCUGCCUCUGAAAGCCGCCGCUGCACAAGAUGCCGAGGACGAAACACUUGUGGCAAAGCAACUCGAUGGUCUCGCUGCUACCGAGGACACUUCCAAGGAUCUCUCAGCUAAGCAGAACAAGCCCGAGUCCGAAGAGACAUGGGGCGAGUGGUUGGUCGAGACGCUUGAGGAUGCGCCUUUGUACAACUUCAUCUUUAUCGUUGUUCAACAGCUCCUCGGCUGGCCUUUGUACCUGUUGCAAAACUCGUCCGGUCAGCUGCACUACCCCAAGUCAGGCACCAACCAUUUCAACCCAGAUGCCAUCAUCUUUGACGCUCGUCAUCGCUCUCAAAUCUUGAUAUCUGAUUUGGGCAUUGCUCUGGCUCUCUCUGCACUCGGCACUUGGACAUACUUCCGAGGUUUCGGGGAGGUCUUUGCAUACUAUGGCAUCCCCUACCUUUUCACUAACCACUGGCUGGUGAUGAUCACUUUCUUGCAACACACCGACCCUGUGGUGCCCCACUACUCAUCCGAAGCCUGGACCUUCCCUCGCGGAGCUCUCUGCACGGUAGACCGAAAGUGGCUCGGACCUGUCGGACCUUACCUCUUCCACGGAAUUGCCGAGACUCACGUGCUUCACCACGUCUCCUCCAAGAUUCCUCAUUAUCACGCUUGGGAGGCCACAGAGGCUCUCAAGGCACGCCUAGGAGAGCACUACCAGUCUUCGGACGAGAACGUCUUCAUCAGCUUGUGGAAGUCCAUCAGCCAGUGCAAGUAUGUGGAGGAGACCGACGCGGUCGCUUUCUACAGGAACGCGAAUGGUGUACCUCAAGCUUGCGUUGCCAAGGAGCACGCUGACAAUUCCGACUCAGGCAUGGCUUUGUCCGAGUGA